UCUUUACUAAUUUCCCGUCCACGAUGGAGUUCAAAUACGCCAGCUGGAUCGCACUCAGCGUCGCUGUGUCGGUCAAUCUGUUCGGAGUGUUCUGGGUCACGACGAUGUUUAUCGGUUUGGUGACGUUCUUGCUCGGAUUUCUCACCAUUCUGUACCUUCAGCAUAGUGAUCUGGACAAGUUUCUUGAUAGUGGGCUACUUGAGAACCCUCUGGACGAACCAAAGACGCUUGGACUUAGCAUUGUUUGUGACCCUAAGCCCGGUAAUUUGCUGCUCAUUUCGCCCAACAUCAAAGUUCAAACCGAAUCGAGUCGAAACCGGAAAGCGCACACCCACUCGGGCGGCACCGGUGGUGAGGGACCGGGGGGUGCAGGGAACGGUGGGGGUCGCAGGCGCAACUUUCUCGACGCUGGCAUUGAGCUACUGUUUAAGAAGCGCGAACCACGGAACACCGGUGGCGGCGAGGCUCCGCCGGCAACGAAGCCAACCAAUGCAAUCACGGACCACCUAAUGCACCGGGGUCAUUUGCACUUCCACCAACGGGACCAUACCAUUCUAGAUAACAGUCCAGAGCAGCACGAGGACCACCGUUCGCACCGGCAUCAUCUCCAUCAACACCACCACCAGCAGCAGCAACAGCAGCAUCGUCAACCAUCGCCCGGCGAAGAGAGAAGCCGUUGGAACCCGUUCGAGAGCAUUAAGAUACACACGGACAAGCGGUCGGCUGGUGGUACGAACCACGACGUGGAUCGGCAACGGAAGAAAGAUGUCGGUAAUGUUUCGAUCGGCGAGGAAGUAUCCGUCGCCUCAACGCCACUGUCCUCCUUCAAAUCCUAUCUUCCCCAUCCGGAUGUCCUGCUGCACCAGCACACGGAAACGCCUCCCGGUUCGCCGAGGAAAAGGAAAAUACUCAGCGGCAACAAACCGGUCGACAAGCUUAUCCACACAAUCUUCGACUACGUGGUGCGUGACUUCAUCGACUCCUGGUACACGGUCGUUUCGGACAAUCGAGAGUUCUCGGAGUGCAACAUCCGCACCAGCAUCGAAACGCUCGUGCUGAACUUGUGCCAACGCAUGCGUUCGGCCGACCUACUGCCGCUCAUGACGACCCGCCUGAUCGACGAUCUGGCCAAGCACACGCGCUUCUAUCGGCUCGCUUCGCAGGAGGUUGCGAACACUACGGCAGCCGUUGGCAAAAACAAAUCGACUGGGUCGGAGCAGAAACGGCUUAAAAUUCACGAGAAGCUAUCACCUCAACGACGCAACCUGAAGGUGGAAGGCCACCGGCGGAACAAGAGCGAAACCGAUCUCACCUGGCAGCUGGGCAAUGCGGCCGUACAGAAAAAUGUGGCCAACUCGCGCUUCUACAACGUCUCGGUGGACGAGCAGUCGCUCGUUGACCCGGAGGUGGCACUACUGAACGCGUUCUUUGGCUUCUGCGAGGACUAUCGGCGCGAGUGCACCGACGAGGAAGCCCUCAACGAGUACUUUAAGCGCGUCUCCGAGACGGUGCUGUACUUUGUGCUGCCCGAGGAAGACUUCAACUGUCUUACGCUGCGUACGCUGCUGUGUAACCUGCUCGCGAACAGUCUGCUGCGGCCACUGUUCAACACCCUCACCGAUCCGGAUUUUAUCAACCUACAGAUCGCCAAACAGUUCACGAAGGAUCCACCGGCGGGCGAGUUUCUGCUGAAGAUGAUCCGUCAGUCGAGCGAUCUGUCCGAGCUACGGGCCUGCCGGCAACUAAUCACCAAAGAGAUGGACGCCAAGUACAAGGACAGCAGCUGCAGUGCCGAACUGGCCAGCUUGAAGUAUACGCAAAAGCUGAUCGAUUUGAGGAUAAGCCAUUUGCAGAAUAACAAAAAUGAUUUUGGCAAAACGGAGCGUGAUAAAGCAUCGUCCAACCUGCCGCAGCUGAGCCUCGACGACAUCUUGCGCAAGGAGCUGGCCGUGUCCUACUAUUUGGACUACCUUAGUGUGCUAAACCUACAAAAGUAUGUGAUAUUUUAUCUCACCGCUCAGGAAUGGAAAAUUACCACCAGCCAAAGCUUCUCAGAGAUUCAGGUAAACAAAUCGAAGUUGAGCCGCGAGGAGGUGCUGCGGAGCAUUCGGGAUAAGGCUACAAAUCUUUACCAGGAGUAUUUGCAACCCAAGUCCGCCAACUAUUUGAACAUCGAUCCGGGGUUGAUCGAGGCACUGAACUUCCGGUUGAACGAUCCGUCCAUUCAGCCGGAGAACACGUGGUUCGAUUCCAUCUGCAAGUACAUCUACGAGAAGCAGAAGAACGAGGAAGUGUUUCUGAACAACUUCUACCAGAGCGUGGCCUACAAGCAGCUGCUCCGCGAGCUGGAUUUUCACAACGCGCACGAUCAAGAUAUGCCGUCGCUGGACCAUCUAACCGUGCACGGCGGUCCACUGUCGGCGAUGGGCGAUAGUGCGAGUGACUCGAACAGUGGGGACAUUCUGUUCAACGAAACGGACGACGACGAUGACCACCAGCAGCCGGGCGGGCCAACGGGUGGUCCGCCGGCACCCAUCGAGAACGACGUUAAGGAAGAGCAUGACAUUAGAGCGGUCGGAAGCGUGAAAAAACCGUCACCCUCGAGUCUGUUCCCGACGACUGUGAGCAAUCUGAAGCACGCUCGUUCGCAUAGCGAUUGUACCGGCAUGUUUGCGGCCAUUAACGAUCUCAACAUCGAGCAGCUGCGCCAAGCGUCCGACUGCUCGAGCAAUGAUUCGGGCAGUGAAGCUCCGAUGGUGCCGAACCGUCGCAAUGUUCUUCCCUUCAUCGUACCACCCGUGCCAGAUGUGGUCGAUCUCGACUUGGAGGAUGGUAGUACGCAGCAUCAGCAACACCAUCACCAUCACCACCAUCACCACCAUCACCAUCAUCAGCAUCAUGCCCAGUAUCGGCAUAAACUGUCCGCCCGGAUCAUCAAUACGGCGAUCCACUGCGAGGGUCACUACGCCGUGUACGCCAUACAGGUGCACGUGAUCGAGGAUAACCACCACAAGAGCUGGCACAUCUACCGGCGCUACUCGAAGUUUCUGGAGCUAAAGAAGCUGCUAGUGAAACGAUUUAAGCCCCUCGAGGGGGUGCCGUUUCCGGCGAAGAAAGCCUUCCAGAACACGCAGCGUGCGGUGCUCGAACAUCGGAUGGAGAUUUUAAACCACUUCCUGGCGCAAAUUUGUACCCGGGCGGAGCAGUCCGAGGAGAUGAUGGCGAUCAUACGGAACUUCCUCGAGCCGGACACUGACGAUCGGAAGAUGCACGGUGGACCGGUGGUCAAGACGAUCGAAAGUCUUAAAUCGGGCAUGAGCAAAAUACGGAACAUGCCCGACACGCUCGUCGGUGGCAUCUCGAGAAUGUUCCUCAGCAAGGGUGCCCUCAAGGAGCGCACGUUCUACGACAUCCAGGACAUUCCGACGCUCGAGCUGAAGCAAUCGGAGUAUCCGGCGCUCGCAUCCGCGCUCCAUCUGCUCGACGAGGUGUUCGAUUUGCAGAACAAAUCGCAAUGGUUGCGCCGGGGUCUCAUCAACCGGUUGCUCGGAGCGCCCUGGGUGAGCCACGCGACGAACAAGCGCAUCGUACAGACCGCCGGCAGCCUGUUGAUGAUGGACAAGCUCGAAGCGGUGCUGUCAGCUAUACUCAACAACGUGUGGCCCGAGGGGGAUCGGUUUAACCCGAGCACUCCGCUGCGCGAGGACAGCACCCGGCUGCGCACGAAGCUGGCGGCCAAGAUUUCCCUGUUUGCGCUGCUCUCCGAUGACCUGAAGCACGUGGUCGGUUCGGUGACGUGCAACAGUGGGCUGCUGAACUUCUUCCAAAUGCUCCAGAACAAGAAGCUCAACACCCGGUUGCUGCUGAUCCUGUUCGAUCGGCUGCUGGUGAUGAUACUGCAGACGGACAACAUCACCAAACAUGCGCUCUCUGGACGAUCCGCGGCGACCGGUCACGGCGCAGACGAUGGGACACCGGCGGCCACCAUACGCAUCGGUAUUGGGCCCGGUACGGUCGGCACCGGUGGCAAUGGUGGUGGAGUUGGGUCAAGAAAAACUCUUCCCAGAUAGAUAGGGCUCGAAGAAUCCUUAUUGGAGGCUAGUGCUGCCGAGAGAGGUUUAGUAGAUAAAUCUAAAUAACCAUUCCACAGUACAGUAUAAGCAGCGUGUGAGAGGCGAAAAUUGUCCAACGUAAAUGUAUUAAAAGAUGCCUUGUUUUUUUAUUUUAUUUUAAUCACGCCAUUCCAAGAUUAAUAGGCUUGUUUUUGUUAGAUACAAAUUAUUAAACAAUAUUUUACACAGCUGCUCUAUUACGCUUAGUGUAGGUGAAUGCAGUGCA